AUUGCUGAUAGAGAGCGUUUGUCCCUCAAGUUAAGCCUAAAUGCCAGUUGAAAAAUGUAAUUAUCAAGGAAUUUAGAAAAACCUUUUUCUUUUAAAUUUAGUAGACAGAGUGGGGUAUCUCUUGUUUUGGCUGGUAUAGUUACGGGCUAAACAAUUGGCUUAAACCUUGUUUGGGAUUCCUGCUUGUUUUAGCAUGGCGGAGCUUGGAGUUCACAGAACUCUCCUUUUGGUAAUUUCUCUGACAGAGUGUCUUGAGGGCACAAAACUGCUGGCAGAUUUAAAAAAAUGUGGUGACUUGGAAUGUGAAACUUUAAUAAGCAGAGUCUUAGCCAUGAGAGAUUACAGAGGACCUGACUGCCGAUACCUGAACUUCACUAAGGGAGAAGAGAUAUCUGUUUAUGUUAAACUUGCAGGAGAAAGGGAAGAUUUGUGGGCAGGAAGUAAAGGAAAGGACUUUGGAUAUUUUCCCAGAGAUGCAGUACAGAUUGAAGAGGUCUUCAUAUCUGAGGAAGUUGAGAUAUCAACUAAAGAAUCUGAUUUUCUUUGUCUUCUUGGAGUAAGUUACACAUUUGAAAAUGAAGACAGUGAAUUAAACAGUGAUGAUAGCAAAAAUAUAUAUCUAUAUGAAGAAGAUAAAGACCAAAAGUCUAGUGUGUAUGAAAGUGAUUUUCAGAGAGAAUCUGGAUUUUAUUCAGCUUCUGAAAGUACUUUGUUUGAAGAUCAUUUUCCAUCAUCAGAAGCUCCUGAAGAUAUCAGAAGUACUAGUGAAUCAAAAGACUGGGAAGGAGUGGAUGCUGGAAGUAUGAAAGAGGAUUCUCUUCCAGAAGUGGAUCACAUCCCACCAGCUGAAGUAAAAGGAUGGUUUGGAUUUGGAAGGGGACUAGCUGAAGGAAAGACUUUUGAAUCAGUUAUUGAACCUCUACAAGAAAGUUCAUUUCAAAGUAGAAAAAUGGCAGGAGAAGAUGAGAAUGGCCUAGAGGAAUUAAAUAAUGAUGAACCCCAAACAGAACAAAAGCAAGAACCUGAAUUGGAAUUUGAUUUAGUGCCAAAGAAACAGUCUGAACUAGGUUCUGAGUCAGAGAACAUUAACAGUCCUGAAGCCACUAGUUGGUUUGGGGGUGGUUUUAAAAGUUAUUUAGGUUUUGGAGGUGAGGAUACAGGGCUUGAAUUAUUGUCGAAAGAAAGCAAUCCACCACUACAAGAUGCUCCUAAUUCCAUAUCAUCUGAAGAAGAACCCACAGUUCCAUGCCCAGAAAUAUUAACAGAAAAAGAAGACACAAUUGUCAAUGAUACCUCAAUUCUCAAGCCAAGUUGGUUUGAUUUUGGUUUUGGUAUGCUAGGCUUUGUAUAUACCAAUGAAGAUGAAAUUAUAUCAGAUGAUGGAAAAAGUGAAGGAGGAUAUGGAGGAGAUAAACAUGAACAUCUGCCAACAAGCAAAUUUGACCCUGAUAAGGAACAAGAAAUAAAAACAAGAGAAAUUAUGGAAACUGAAGAUCAAGUAAGCAAGGAAAGAGCCCCAGAGAAAAUAGAUGAUUCUGAUACCUUACCAUAUUUUAAAAAGUUCUUAUAUAAUUUUGACAGUCCUUGGAACUUCCAGGACAUUCCAAAGGAAACAGAAUUGCCAUUUUCUGAGCAGAUACAGGAUGAAAAUAAUGUAAUUGAAAAUGAUGAAACAGAAGAAUUUUCAGCUGAAAAUGAUCACACAGAUAAUAUGAAAGCUAUGAUGCUAAAAAGCAGAUCCAGUCAGUCAGAUAUGGCUUCUGAAAUAGAAUCACCCAGGAGAAUUCAUAAAGAAGUACUUUUCAAAACUCCAUCUUCUAAAAAUAAUGAUGAAAAAUCAAAAACAUUACUAGGUACUGAAGGAUCUACUCAGGCAGAAAUAGACAGAUCUGUGGAAAAUACCCUGCCAAACCAUCAAAUGGUUUCAACUGAUUACUUUUUCUCUUCUCAAGAAGAAGAUGCUUCUGAGUGUUGGAUUCUGAAAUAUUUAUUUCAAAUUGACAUUUGUGAUUUUAUGAGUUCUGCAUUUUCCCCAAUUAUAAUUCUUACAGAAAGGGUUUUGGCAGGAGUGCCUGAAGAUAUGAGACCAAAUUCCUAUGGUUUUCCAUGGGAAUUGGUGAUAUGUGCAGGUGUUUUUGGAUUUUUUGCUGUUCUCUUGUUUUUGUGGAGAAGUUUUCAGUCGGUUAGAAGCCGGCUUUAUGUGGAAAGAGAGAAUAAGCUUGCUGUAGAACUUUCUACACUAGUUGAUGAAAAAUGUAAACUACUUGAAAAAUUUAGCCUUGUUCAAAAGGAGUGUGAAGGCUUAGAAUCGUCUUUAAAAGAUGCCAGUUUUGAGAAGGAGUCAACAGAAGCACAAAGUUUGGAGACGGUCUAUGAAACUCUGAACAAGACUAAAUCUGAACUUGAGGAUGAAAUACUUUUUCUGGAAAACCAGUUAGAAAAAGAGAAAACUAAACAUUCUGAACAAGAUGAAUUGAUGGUGGAUAUUUCAAAAAGGAUACAGUCCCUAGAAGAUGAAUCAAAUUCUCUUAAAUCACAAGUGGCUGAAGCCAAAACAACCUUCAGAGUGUUUCAAAUGAAUGAAGAACGACUUAAGAUAGCUCUAAAAGAUGCUUUGAGUGAAAAUUCCCAACUUCAGGAAAGCCAGAAACAGCUUUUACAAGAAGCUGAAGAAUUGAAAGAACAAGUGAAUGAACUUAAUAAACAGAAAAUAGCAUUUGAAGACUUCAAUGUAGAUGCAGAACAAGUUCUGUGUGAUAAAGAAAAUCAGAUUAAGUCGCUGACUGAGCGCCUGAUAAAGAUGAAAGAUUGGACUGCUGUGCUGGGAGAAGACAUAGCAAAUGAUGAUAACUUGGACUUGGAAAUGAAUGAAUCAGAAAAUGAUAAUCAACCAAAAGGAGCUUUGAAGACGUUGGUUCAUGCUGCUAAGUUAAAGACAUCUUUAAAAACCCUAGAAGGAGAAAGAAACCAAAUUUACAUUCAAUUAUCUGAAGUAGAUAAGACAAAAGAAGAGCUUACAGAAUAUCUUGAAAAUCUCCAGACUGAGCAAGCAUCUUUACAGUCUGAAAAUACACAAUUUGAAAGUGAGAAUCAAAAGCUUCAGCAGAAACUUAAAGUGAUGACCGAAUUAUAUCAAGAAAAUGAAAUGACUCUUCACAGGAAAUUAACAGUAGAGGAAAAUUACAGACUGGAGAAAGAGGGGAAACUUUCCAAAGCAGAUGAAAAGAUCAGUCAUGCAUUUGAGGAGCUGGAGACAUACAGAAGGCGAGCCAAAGAUCUUGAGGAAGAAUUGGAGAGAACCGUUCAUUCUUAUAAAGGGCAGAUUAUUUCCUAUGAGAAAAAAGCACAUGAUAAUUGGUUGGCAGCUCGGAAUGCUGAAAGAGCUCUUAAUGAUUUGAGGAAAGAAAAUGCUUACAAUAGACAAAAAUUAACUGAAACAGAGUUUAAAUUUGAACUUUUAGAAAAAGAUCCUUAUGCACUUGAUGUUCCAAAUACAGCAUUUGGCAGAGAGCAUUCCCCAUAUGGUCCCUCACCAUUGGGUCGACCUUCAUCUGAAACGAGAGCUUUUCUCUCCCCUCCAACUUUGUUGGAGGGUCCACUCAGACUCUCACCUUUGCUUCCAGGGGGAGGAGGAAGAGGCUUAAGAGGCCCAGGGAAUCCUCUGGACCAUCAGAAUACCAAUGAAAGAGGAGACUCAAGCUGUGAUAGAUUAACUGAUGGUCGCAGAGCACCUUCAGACACUGGAUCCCUUUCACCUCCAUGGGAGCAGGAUCGUAGGAUGAUCAUUCCACCAUCAGGCCAACCAUAUCCUGAUCCAGCUCUUCUUCCACAAAGGCAAGACAGAUUUUAUUCUAAUUCUGGCAGACUCUCUGGGCCAGCAGAACUCAGAAGUGUUAAUAUGCCGUCUUUGGAUAAAGUGGAUGGACCAGUGUCUUCAGAAAUGGAAUCCAGUAGAAAUGAUAACAAAGAUGACCUUGGUAAUUUAAAUGUGCCUGAUUCAUCUCUCCCCGCCAAAAGUGAAGCAGCGGGCCCUGGCUUUGUUCCUCCACCUCUUGCUCCAUUCAGGGCUCCAUUAUUUCCAAUGGAUCCAAGGGGUCCAUUCAUGAGAAGAGGUCCUCCUUUUCCUCCACCUCCUCCAGGAAGCAUGUAUGGAGCUCCUCGAGAUUAUUUUCCACCAAGGGAUUUUGCUGGCCCACCGCCACCUCCAUUUGCAAUGAGAAAUGUCUAUCCACCGAGAGCUUUUCCUCAUUAUCUUCCCCCAAGAGCUGGAUUUUUUCCCCCACCCCCACAUGCUGAAAAUAGAAGUGAGUUCCCAUCAGGGUUGACUCCACCUUCAAAUGAGCCUACUACUGAUAAUCCAGCACCACAGCAAGAAACUUAACCAUAUUUUUGAUCUCUCUUCAAAAGUAAUUUUGACUUCUCUCUUAUUUUCAGCUUAAGUAACGGCUGUUACUUAACCUAUUAUACUUUUGCUCACAUAAGAGCUUAAUGGAAUUAAAACUCUCAGGAUAGUAUUUUGUAAAUAAAGAUGAUUUAAAUAUGAA